AUGGACUUAGAUGAUAGAAUAUCUAUUCAAAAUAAAGAAAAUAUAACCUAUAAAAAUUAUGAAAAACUAUAUGAUGAUAUAUGUAAUUCUCAAAAGGAUAUUUUAGAUAAAAACAAUGAAGAAUCAUCAAUGAAUAUGAAAAAAAUUGAUUUAGAUCGAUUAAAAGUGGCUAAUCCUUUAUUAUUGGAUGGAUUUAAACUUGAAUUUAUAACACAGAAUGCUUCUAGAGAAGAAGCAAUGCAUAAUUUGGAUAUAGUAUCUGAUGAGAUGGAAAAUAAAAAUAUAUCGUUUAAUAAAAUGAUACUUGAAGAAGAUACAGGUUUAAAUGAGAAUGCACUUUUUCAAAAGGAUAUAUUUACUUUAAAACUGGAUAAUCAAUAUAACAACUCUUUUAAAUAUGAAAGAUCAAUCAAUAAUAAGUGUAUUUUUGCUUGUACAUCAUAUGGAAAAGUUAUACGUUUUAAUAAAAAAUAUAAAAAACUAAAAAAAUCAAAUUUUAUAAAUAACAAUGACUAUUAUGGGAUACCAAUACAUAAAUUAGCUAAUUUUUCUAAGAAUUCGGAAGAAAUAUUUGAUUAUAAUGAUUACAAUUUCACAUCACCAAUAGAAUCUCAAUUAUGGACAAAAAAAUAUGCACCUAAAAAAUUUGCAGAUCUUAUUGGAGACGAUAGGAUACAUCGAGAAGUAUUAAGAUGGAUAAAACAUUGGGAUUUUUGUGUUUUUAGUAAAUAUUUACCACAAAACAAGAUAUUUGAAAAAGAGGAAGAAUCUAAUUACGAUUUUUUAAAAAGACCUAAGCAAAAAAUUUUAAUGUUGGCUGGAACACCUGGACUAGGUAAAACAACAUUAGCUCAUAUUGCUGCUCGUCAGGCAGGAUAUAAUGUUAUAGAAAUAAAUGCAAGUGAUGAUCGAACUGGAGCUGUCGUGAGGAAUCAAAUUUCUAAUGUUCUAGAUAUUCGGUCAAUUCAUUCGAGUUGUCCAACGCUUAUUAUAAUUGAUGAGAUUGACGGUGUUAGUAAUUCGACCAGUGAACAGGGAUUUAUAAAAUCACUUGUAGAUAUUCUUAUUGAGGAUGAUCAUGCAACAAAAGAAUUAGUUUAUAAAAAAUCUGAAACAUAUUCGAAAAGAAGCAAAACAAAAUCCAAGAAAAGGAUUCUUUUAAGGCCUAUAAUAUGUAUUUGUAAUGAUUUAUAUACAGCAGCUCUCAGACCAAUUAGACAAUAUUCUAAAAUAAUAUAUUUUAAACAAAUACCUACAUCCUCAUUGGUAUCGAGAAUGGAUACAAUUUGUAAAAUAGAAGGUUUAUCUGCUGAUAUGCAAGCAUUAACCACGCUUUGCGAGAUAUUUGAAAAUGAUUUUCGAAGUUGUAUAAAUUCUCUUCAGUUUUAUAAAACAUAUGGAAUUGACUUAACCUCGGGUUCUUUGGAUACAUUUAAAAAUAAAUUAAAAAAAGAUCCAUCAAAAAAUUUAAAUCUGGUAUUAGAUAAAAUAUUUUUUUCAAACAGUAAAAAUUAUAAAAAUGAAUAUAUUUCAGAUAACCGUGCUAUGUUUGUGGAUCUUUAUGAAACUAUACAAAAUUAUGGUGAUUAUGAAAAAUUAAUUAAUAAUUGUUUUAUGCGUUAUCUUUCUCAAGACUAUAAAGAUGACCAAUUAUCUAAACCUAUUUUGGCAGGAGAUUGGCUUUUCUUUUUCGAUAUUUUAAAUCGCUCCAUAUAUGAAAAACAGAACAUAGAACUAUUAUCAUAUCUAGCAUUUCCAUUAUUAAUAUUUCAUAUAUUGUUUAUUUCUGUUAAAAAGGAUUAUUAUCGAAAUUAUCAGCAAAAUACAAAACAAAUUUCUGAUUGGGAACUUUAUGAAUCAGAAAAAAUCAACAAAGAAAUUUGUGCUUCUUUAUAUUAUGGAAGUGCCCCUUAUUUACAACAAGUAUUAUGUAUAGACAUACUUUUAAUUGAUGUGGUGCCAUAUUUGAUUUAUAUUUUAUUACCAACAUUAAAUCCAGUUAAUUUGCGGUCAAUAAAAAAUACAGAAAAACAUAUUUUAAAUAGGGUUGUGAAUAGCAUGAUACAUUUUAAUAUCAAUUAUGUUCAAAUGAAAGCAAAUGAUGGGACUUUUUUUUAUAAAUUUGAGCCUUCAAUAGAAACCUUAGUAACUUUUAGUUUUUUGAAAAGACAUGAGCCUAUUUUUUUGAAAUAUUCUGUUUGUCAUAUUAUAAAUCUGGAAUUAGAAAAUGAAAAGCGCAGGAUUCAAAAAGAACGAUAUAAUAAGAAUUUAAAUGAAUUAUCAAAUAUCCCACCAGUAAAUAAAAGAAAAUUCGAUGAACCACUUGAUGCUGAAUCUGUAGUUAUUAAAGAUUUCUUUGGAAGGGCCAUAUCUAAAGAUAUAAAUAAUAAAAAUCCGAAAAAUUUUAAUCAUAGAAAUAAACAAAUAUUACUUAAACCAAAGGCAAAAGUUUGGGUUAAAUUUCAUGAGGGAUAUUCCAAUGCUGUUAAAAAAUCUAUUUCAAUAGAAGAUAUAUUAAAAUGA